AUGGUUAAGGGUUUGAAUCAGUCAGGUGAGGAGGGAUGGCCUUGUGCUUCGAUUACAAUCAGAUUAUCAUCAAUCUGACUACUCCAGGCAGCUGAUGAUUCUAAAAAAUAUUUAUAGUAAAAUUCAAACUAUUGUGCCUUCGUCAAAUUUAACUUUUCCAGGUACUCUGGAAGCGUACCCCUCGUUAAAAGAGCCAGAUCCAGGGAUUUUUGUGAUCGCCGGAAUAUUUCUGGUAUGUUUUGUGGUGGGUGUAUGCGGAAACGCGUCCACCUUGACGAUUAUCUUGGACAUGGGUACUCCAAAGAAAACCAAGAAACUCCGGGAAACUCCUCAAGACAGCUUUCGGGUUUACGUCGCGUCGCUGUGCAUCGUGGAUACCUUGAUGUUGCUGAGUCUUCCUUCAAGUAAGCGCUUUUAAUACCAUUCAGUUUGACCAUUUCUCCCACGUAGGGUUCAUGCCCGUGUUAUCCUUGGGCCGACGUACUUUUGAAGUUGUUUAUUUACUUUCGCCUUGAUUUAGCCAUCGUUGAUUCGUUAAUUGGCUUCUGGAUAUUUGGAACGGCGGUCUGCAAAUUUCAUCACUUCUGUGGGUCGGUCGGCAGAAUCGCCUCCACUCUGGUGGUAAGUCCCUCGGGGAAUGGUCGAUAAACAACAAACUCUAGAUUACGUCAAUGAGCAUCGACCGUUAUCUUGUCGUCGUGUCCCCACAGAAACUGAAUCAGAGGUCGCGUCGGACCACCUUGAUUAUCAUGAUGCUGUUAUUUGCAUCCGCAUCAUUGCUGCUCUUGCCAUUAUUAGUAUGUUGUAUUGGGUGUUGCUUCUGUAACUGCCCGUUUAUACAAAGGGUCAAUUUUAGAUCUUUGCCAAAGCUCAGAAAGUUUUGCUAUUCGAAUCCGAGACCAAAGACGGGCAUCCCGUGCAGAUAAGGAUAUUCAAAUGCCUUGACAAUAUGCCCACAAACUUGUUGUUCUGGUUCACGGGAUCCACUUUCUUCUUUGGAUACUUCUGUCCGAUUAUUGUCAUCACGUUCUUCAACAUAUUACUCUUGGUCAAAUUACGGUAAGAGAGACUUGAUCUAAAUCAUCCUUUCCCAGAAGCCAUCAACAGAAGAUGUCGACCAAAAGCAUCAUCCCCAUGCGGAGAGUGACCAUCUACAUCAUGAGCAUUGCUUUGUUCUACUUCCUUUGCUGGACUCCUUACUGGAUGAGUGUCCUUUACGUGAGUUACGUGGACCUGUUCGAGUCAAGGACCAUCAAGACUCUAACCAACAAGUCGGAACACAUUAUGUUCCUGGUCUACUGUGCUCACAUAUUCCCCUACAUAAACACGGCCCUUAAUUGGCUUUUAUACGGGCGAUUGGCGCGGAAUUUGCGGGGGAAUCGAGCAGAGAAUACCCAAGCAGCAUCCAAUGGGGGGACCAGUCUCAUCAAGAAUGGAGAAUACGAAUCCAACUCCAAACGAGCACACGAUCACAACAAAACUCUCAAGUUCGACAACAAUAAUCUCGACCCGAAGCUGAUCCAUCCGCUGACAAAGAACUGCGAGGAUUUUUCUCUCGACUACCGAGAAUCCGAAUACACAUGA